CAUAACUGCAGGGAGUAAGAUACUGGCUGGGAAAGCAAACAUGGAGCUCCACAACCAAGUGGCUGGAAUAAUAUACAGAAACAUGUACAGAAUAUGGACUGGAAACCCCAAAGUCAAAAUGGGAAACACCUCAGAAAGUCGUAGAGAAUGAGAUGAUACAGACGGACAGGAUGGUAAUGGAGAACCAACCAGACAUUGUAGUGGUGGAUAAAGAACAGAGGAACGCUGUUGUGGUGGAUGUGGCAGUACCAAGUGAUGGUAACUUCAAGAAGAAGGAACAUGAGAAACUGGAGAAAUACCAGGGACUCAGAGAGGAACUGGAGAAACCUUGGAAGGAGAAAGUGACAGUGGUACCCGUGGUAAUGGGAGCACUCGGGGCUGUAACCUCCAAACUGGAGGAAUAGCUACAGCAGAUCCCUGGAAAGACAUCAGACAUCUCAGUCCAGAAAAGCGCAGUGCUAGGAAUAUCUAAGGUACUGUGCAGGACCCUAAAGCUCCCAGGCCUCUGGUAGAGGACCCGAGCUUGGAGGAGAAACCAGAAACCACCCGCGGAGUGUGAGCUGGAGUUUUUUUUUUUUGUUUUUUUAAUAGACACACACACAUUUUCUUUUCUCUGGUUACAGUUAAGCUUCGAUUCUGAAUAACAGAGAAAAUAUUUUGGCCUAAAUGAAGCAAUGUCACUCUGCAAGGUUUUGACAGCUCCAAAACUCACAUUACAUUCUGCAAGCAGUCAGACGGAUCAUGAUCUCUUUCACUUUCCACUAAAUGCACCUAUAAAAGAUGUGGAAACUGAGGAACUGCCUCACAGAGAAGAAGAGUUGUGAGCGGAAACAAGCGUUCAUAUCGGCAAAAGACAGGAAGAACAUGAGCAGUUCUUCUCAGACUCCGUCCGAAAUAGAAGCCCUGGAGUGUCACUUCACCUGGAUCAGGGAGAUCACUAGAUCUGAGCUGCUAGACAUGAGGGACAAGCUUGAGGACAUUGGGACAGAUGAGGGAAAUUUCUGGUUGGGUUCUAUUUACAACAUGUGGGGGUUUGUCCUCUACAAGCUGAACUUUAGAGACGAAGCCCUUCAGUCCCUCAACAAGGCCACAGAAACCUUAAAGCGGCUGAGGGAGGAAGAUGAAGGUCCCUGGUUGGUGGUGAACUAUGGGAAUCUGGCCUGGCUGCACCAUCAUCUUGGAGAAGAGGCAACAAGUCAGGACUACUUGUCAAAGGUUGGAGCUCUCAAAAGUAAAUUCCCAUCUCUAUCCCAGGACGAGCUCCAUCCAGAGAUCUACGCCGAGAAAGCCUGGACUCUGAUGAAGUUUGAUAAAGAGAAGCAGCUGGCUGCAGAUUACUUUCAGAGAGCCUUCAACAUGCAGCCAGACAUGGUGCAGUGGAAGUCCAGCCGUGUCAUUGCUCUGGCCAGUGCUGCUAAGCACUGGUACACAGACCUGAGUGAUGACCUCUUGCAGGAAAUUAGAACAGCCCGAGAGCAGGAUCCAGAGAAUCUGUACUUGGCUGCUGUGGAGCUCAAAGAAAGAAACAGAAAAGGAGAAUCAGUGGGAGAUGAGGCGGAGACGCUGGGCCAGAAGAUCCUCCUGCAGCCUGUCAGCAGCUACAGUGGUCUGAAGCCUCUCCUGAGACUGCACAGGCAGCAGAAAACGCUGGAUGAGGCCAUCGUUCUGACAGAGGAGGCCUUGCAGCGACAUCCCAAUGAGUGCUACCUGAAGAGAUGUGCCGCACUCUGCUACAAAUGGAAACUGUUCAGCUUAGGAGGUGUUCAGGCAGACCAACGUACAAUUAAGAGAGCUAUUCAGCUGCAUAAGGAGGUGAUCAAUCUCUACCCAGACACAUCAUUUGCCAAAAAGGUUGACCUGGCAGAUGUUCAGGCUAAGUCAACUCAGGGCUGUACCAAAGCAGAGCAGAUGUACAAAGGCCUGCUGAAAACAGAAAACCUGGAUCCCGCAAACCAACAGCUGCUCUACUCCAGCUAUGCCAGAUACCUCUACUUUGAUUGUCAUGACAGUAACAAGUCCAUUCGGUACCACAUGAUGUCAGCAGAGAUUCAGCCAAGGGAUUUAUAUGGGAAAAAAAGCAUUGAAAAGCUCAAGAAAAUACUUGACAAUGGAACAAACCAGAUGUGCAGAGAAAUCAGGGAGUUUCUGGAGCAACUGCCAUAAUGAUUCUAAUUGAGGUUUUACCUGCAUAGGCUUCAUAUCUAAACCUCUGAAUAUGCAUUAACUUUUCUUUUAUGUGGGCAAAUAGACUUAUUUUCAUUCUUUUAACAGCUGCUGGUUGAGACGUAGCAAUGUAUUUCUUUGAAAAUGUGUAAAACAGGAAAUUAAAGCUGAUUCUAAGUGAAAUUCUUUUUAACUUGAUUGAAGUUCUGCAUUACUUUUCCUUAUCAUUGUUGUUCACCUUUCCCCACAUCAAAACAGCACCCACUGUUUCGCAUCAGUGAUUUGGCAGAGAUAUUUACACCAGAUGCCCUGCCUGUAUUAAAAGGGCACAGGGAUCCAGUUAGGCAGCAGUGUCAAGGAUCUAGUCUAAGGACCCAAUCUGGAUGGAGAUCAGUGGACACCCCGGGGAUUAAACCAGGGCUCCUGCGUGCCAGCCCUACACUUAGCCCAUCCAGACGCUACUUUUCCUUAAUAGAUGAUUGUGUAAUGAAAUGUUGUUGUUGAAUAAUUCUUUAACUCACAUGAAUGAAUCAUUAAACAUUUAACCAACAA